AUGCCGCUGGAGCCAAAGCGGUGGCCUCCCCAGCUGGAGCAUCACCUGGGCUCCUCCCGAGGCGGUUCUAGUGCAGCGUGCGGGGAGGGCGCACCGGCCGGGCCGGGUCUCCAUGACGCGCGCCAGGAGGCGCUGGAGUGCCCACACUCCGACCCUGGGGGCUGUGGGUGUCCCCGGUUCCGCGGCGCACACGCCCAAGUCCUCCUCCAGCGUCCCCGACCUGGCGCGCCCAGGGAGCCCAUGGAGCUGGCGCGCGGCGCGUCCAAGGGGGAUGGUGGGGCCGAAGCGCUGCUGGGUGAGCUGGAGGGGCUGGUGCAGGACGUGGUGAGGGCAAGUUCCUGGUGGGAGCUCCACGGCGUGGACUGUGCCAUCCUCGCACUCAGCCUCCUCGCCUUGCCAGCCGGGUUCCUGUGCCUGUCCUCUGAGAAUGUCCUGGUCUUUGCCAUUGGCAUCACCAUCUUGGGCGUGUGCCACUCCACGCUCACUGUCAAGGGCAGCCACCUGGCCACUCAUGGUGCCCUCACCAAGUCCAAACGCUGGAGCAAGAUCUGGUUGCUCUUCUUUGUAGAGGUGUGCACGGCCUUCACUGCGGAGUUCGGGAAGUUCAGCCACGUCAACAUGCACCAUGGCUACACCAACGUGGUGGGUCUGGGGGACUCCAGCACGUGGAAGCUGCCUUGCCUCAACCGCUACGUCUACAUGUUCCUCGCGCCCUUCCUCAUCCCCAUCAUCACCCCGCUGGUGGCUCUUGAGCGGCUGUGGAAGGUGGAGCUGCGGAUAGCUCUGCGGACGCUGGGCCUGAUUUCCCUGGGCCUUUACUCUCAGUACUGGCUGCUCCUGAACGUGUCCGGCUUCAGAAGCCCCAGUUCGGCCCUGGCCUGCAUGCUGCUCAUCAGGGCCUUGCUGGCCCAUCCCUUCCUCCACGUCAACAUCUUCCAGCACAUAGGGCUGCCCAUGUUCUCCCGGGACAAGAAGCCCCAACGGAUCCACAUGAUGACCCUGGGGGUUCUCAACCUGCCCCGGCUGCCGGUGUUGGACUGGGCGUUUGGCCACUCGCUCAUCAGUUGCCACGUAGAACACCACCUGUUCCCCAAGCUCUCUGACAACAUGUGUCUGAAGGUGAAGCCUGUGGUGUCCCGGUUCCUCCACGAGAAGCAGCUGCCAUACCAGGAGGACUCGUACUUGGCUCGCUUCCGGCUGUUCCUCAACCGCUACGAGGAGCUCAUGGUGCAGGCCCCGCUGAUCACUGAGGUGGUGGGGCUGCAGUGAGGGCUGGGCUCCCCUCCCCGGCCCAGCCCUGGUGCUCCUGCUGCUGCUGGUUCUCAGUUGGUGUGCAGUGGUGGGUGGUGGGCGUGGAGCAUGGAGGCUUGGGUGGGCAGUGAGACAGGGCAGCUGAUGGGUGCCCUGUGUCCUGGGGGUUGCUUGCCCUGUUUGCUUUUUGGGGAUUGGAGGGGUCUCUGGGUGAAAGGAAUCUUGGUAACUGGGCAUCCUGGGCCUGGCUCCAUCUCAGGAUCUUCCCCUGCUCCAUUUGAGCCUGGCAGGGCAGCAAUGCCAAGGGUGAGGUGAAAUCCUGUGCCCAAGGCCAACUGGGAGAGGGAAGGGGCAGAGAGCAAAGGUCAACCCCUUAGCUGGGGCCUCCUUGACACCGAGAGAGUGGCACACUUGCUUGACUGCUGCUUCUUCCUCUGCUCUUCAAGGCUCUGACCCAGGGCCCCCUCCCCAGGGAACAUGGGGCAGGGUCACUUUUGGCAGACUCCCUAGUUUCUCAGCCAGAGAAGCCUGUUCAAGUCACAGUUCCCAAGGCCCACAGUGUCACUGAGAUGAAAGUGAGUAUAUUUUGUAGGGAAAGCUCUCAGGAUAAGAGAGGGGAGAAAGUCCCUCAGGGACACAGCUGGGGAAAGAGUAUAAAUAGAUUUGAUCGUGACCUUG